AACACUGUCCAACAUUCUGUAGUACACCGGAUCAUCACGAAGGGUCAACCAACUUCGGCACGUCCACGCCGAUUACCACCAGACAAACUGAAUGUUGCAAAAGCUGAGUUUGAUCAUAUGAUGCAGCUAGGUAUAAUACGUCCGUCAAGUAGCCCCUGGGCAUCCCCACUCCACAUGGUGCCCAAGCGAGACCAAGAUUGGCGACCUUGUGGUGAUUAUAGAUCAUUGAACAACCUCACAUUACCGGAUCGCUACCCAAUCCCUCAUUUACAUGAUUUUUCUCUCACUUUACAUGGCAAGCAAAUUUUUUCUAAAAUUGAUCUUGUGCGAGCGUACCACCAGAUUCCAGUAGCAUCCGAGGACAUAGCAAAAACAGCCAUCAUUACUCCAUUUGGUUUGUUUGAAUUCCUAAGAAUGCCUUUUGGAUUAAAGAACGCCGCACAAACAUUUCAACGAUUUAUGGAUGAGGUCACUAAAGGCCUAGAUUUUGUUUUCGUGUAUAUUGAUGAUGUCUUAAUAGCUAGCAGUUCGAUCCAUGAACACGCUGAUCACCUACAUCAAUUAUUCGAAAGAUUUCAGAAAUAUGGCAUAGUGAUUAAUCCAUCCAAAUGUAUUUUCGGAGUUGAGAGUUUAGAGUUUUUAGGUCACUUGAUCGACAAACGUGGAAUUAAACCUUUGGAUACAAAAAUAGAAGCCAUCAAGAGUUUUCCAGAACCAGACUCAUGGAAUAAACUUCGACGUUUCUUGGGGAUGAUCAAUUUUUAUCGUCGCUUUAUUCCACAUUGCUCAGAUAUCCUACAACCUUUGACGGAGGUGUUAAAAGGUAAAGUCAAAAAGUUCACAUUACCCUCCCAAGCGAAAGAUGCCUUUUCUGCAGCUAAAACAGCAAUCGCUUCUACUACCAUGCUGACCUACUUAAGCCCUGACCCGGAAGCAACACUAAUCCUGUGUACAGAUGCAUCACAGGCAGCAGUAGGUGCAGUACUACAACAGCGAGUUAAUAAUGAGGUCAAACCACUUGCCUUCUUUUCAAAGAAGCUAGAACCAACCCAAACUCGAUAUAGCACUUUCGGUAGAGAACUAUUGGCUAUUUAUCUAGCUGUUAAACAUUUUAACCAUUUACUGCAAGGCAGAGACUUUGUGAUACUCACUGAUCACAAACCUUUAACCUAUGCCUUUAACGCGAAAAGUGACCGUUAUUCCCCUAGAGAAAUGCGACAAUUGGAUUAUAUUUCCCAAUUUUCGACCAACAUACAGUUUAUAAAAGGUGAGUCAAAUGUUGUUGCGGAUACUUUGUCACGUUUCAACGUCGAUGCAAUUUCCUUCACCAAAGGAAUCGAUUUAUCAGACAUGGCACGUUUGCAGACAGAUGAUCCCGACCUUGAUGCUUGUAAACAAAGUUCGAGCUUGUCCUUAAAAAGUGUUCCUAUACCGCAUUCUGACUCUACUAUCAUUUGUGAUACUUCUACUGGAACUCACAGACCUUUUGUGCCAAUAGUGUACAGAAAAAGAGUUUUUGAUUGUCUUCACUCACUAUCCCAUCCAGGGAUUCGUGCUACUGUGAAACUGAUUGCUGAAAGAUUUGUUUGGCCAAAGAUGAAUGCAAAUAUUAAAAAAUGGACCAGGACUUGUGUACAGUGUCAGCGCAGUAAAAUACAUAGACAUACGAUUACAACACCGUCAGCAUUUAGUCUACCCGACCAUCGUUUUCAACAUGUUCAUGUUGAUUUAGUUGGUCCUCUGCCUCCAUCUAACGGAUUCACUUACAUUUUUACUGCAGUGGACCGUUUCACUAGAUGGCCAAUUGCAUGCCCAAUAAAAGAUAUCUCCGCGGAAAAUGUUGCUGCUGUAUUCCUCGACAGAUGGAUCGCUAAUUUUGGUGUACCUUCUACAGUUACUUCGGACAGAGGUUCACAGUUCCAAUCUCACCUCUUCAAUGAAUUCACCCGCAUUUUAGGAAUCCAUCACAUCACUACAACAGCAUACCAUCCAGCAGCGAAUGGAAUAGUGGAACGGUUCCACAGACAACUAAAAAGCUCAUUGAUGGUACAACCUGAUGUUUCUAGAUGGAGUGAAUCUCUACCUCUUAUUUUACUAAGCAUACGUUCCACAAUUAAAGAAGACCUACAAUGUACCCCUGCACAGCUCGUCUAUGGAACUAAUUUAACCUUACCGGGGCAGCUAGUGACGCAUAAUGGCAAACCCGUAUGUACGGAUCCCACUUCUUUUUGUGAAAGACUUAUGAGCCAUAUGAAUAACAUUAAGCCUGUUGCACCUCGGCCAGUUGUCUUAAAAGAGCAAGUUAGCAAGCAUCUAAAUACGUGUAAAUUUGUAUUUGUUCGUGUUGACUCAGUAAGACGCCCUCUACAACAUCCUUAUGAAGGACCAUAUGAAGUAGUUGAGAGGCAAACAAAAUAUUUCACAAUCAAUAAGAACGGAAAAAAAGAAACAGUUUCAAUCGACCGGAUAAAACCUGCUUUUAUAGAGUCUGAAACACAUGACAACCGAAAGCCGUCUAAAAACAGCAGAGAUCACACAACGCAGCUCCCAGUGUCUCCAAAUAAUUCUUCACCAACUCCGACGAAAUCAAUAUUUCGUAAAACAGACGGUUCUAAGGUUACAGUUCCCACAAACUUAAAUCCUAGUUCCGACACUUUACCUUCUACGAAAGCAACUCGUUCAGGAAGACAUGUACAUUUUCCUAAACGUUAUGUUGAAUUAAUUACUUAACCUUUAUUCUGUCAUUACCUGUAAUGUGAUUAAAUAUCUAUAUUAGCAGAGUUACUAAUAACAUUUUUUUUGCAAGCAUUUUAAAAAAAAAAUUUUUUUUGUGUACUACUAAUAUUGAUAAAUUCAUUAUGUUUUUCUCUACAUGUGUAUGCGUUUCAUAUGAUGUUUAAUAUUAAUUGUGCAAAUAUAUCCAAUUUCGUUGGACUCGUUCAGUUUAUCACUAAUUGUUUACACAAUUUAUACAUUUAUUUGCACUUCGGUGAACUCUCAAUUUAAUUACUGUUAUUACUAAUGAUACUAUUAUUAUUAUUAUUUAUUAUUAUUAUUAUUAUUAUUAUUAUUAUUAUUAUUAUACACUUCGUUAUUCUUG